AAAUAAAAGUAUGCUGAACAAUAGACGAUAGAAGUUGCGUAGGUGCACAGCCAUGACAUCUAGGUUUCUUGCAUGCUGUAAUUUGAGAAAGGUUAUCUUCAUCAAGAUAUCCCUGCAAUAAAAGUCCAACACAUUACUGAUCUGUUAUCUGUUUUAAGUUUUUCCUUCAAGACGUUCGCUUUCGGCUUGUUUUGAAUACAAUUCUAAUGGAUGUCCGUGUUUCUGUUUUAUUAAUAAUCGGUUUGACUUUUUGUUGUGGACAUUGCCUUGAUGAAAAAAAAAUUCAAUGGAUGGAAGAAGAAAUCCAAAGACUAACAGUUAGACUGAAUGAACGUGAAUUGAAUUGCCAAAGACUUACUCAAACGUAUUUAAAAACUCAAACAAAUAUGGAGAAGAAAAUCUUGAAAUUAGAAAACCGUGCAAAAAAAACAGGAAUUGCGAAUUUAUAGACUUGAAAACGAAGCAGAUCAAAAAGUGCAAGACGCUGGAAGUUUCAAUAAUGAACGGGUGCAUGAGAAGAACGAUAUAAUGAGAAACAGAACUAACCAUGAAUUGCCUCUAACUCUUGGUUUAAUUUCCUCUUCGGCUGAUGACAAUGAUGGAAAAGAGGAUUUAAAAUCUACAAGUCCAAUCAAACGUGCUGACUCUGGAUCUGUUGCUUUCAGUGCAUAUAUGUCCGAUCAUGAGCCCGAGCCAAGUCCACAUCAUACUUUCAUUUUUGACUCUGUACUGACAAAUGUUGGUCACGGGAACAAUAAACAUUCAGGAAUAUUUACUGCUCCACACACUGGUAUCUACGUAUUUGCCUGGACAGUCUAUUGUGAUCCCCACGGUUAUAUCUUUAGUCAGAUUGCUAUAAAUUCCAAUUUAGUAGGCGCUUCGUUUACUGACGCAUAUGAUUCAACUUACACCCAAACUUCCAAUGGCCUUAUUGUGGUAGAGAUCAACGAAGGAGACACAGUAUUUAUUCGAACACAUCCGACUAAUUCUAAUAAAGGCAGAAUUACAAGCAAUCCCGUUGAACACCGCACGUCAUUCAGUGGAUGGAAAAUCAAUUGAAACGAAAUUUUUACUAUGAAAAGAAAAAUUACACUGUACGUUGAAAUGGAAUAAACAAGAAUUGUACGCUCCAUGUUGCACACUAUUGAAUGAAAAAGAUUCAUCUUUAAAUCUUAAUUAGCAUGUUCAAAUGAUA